GAAAAAAUGGCAAACCAGUGGCAGAGAAUUUUCGUAUGGAAGAGGCAAAUUUACCAGAUAAAUUAAAUGAGGGACAAAUACUAGUCCGAACUCUUUAUCUCUCUGUGGAUCCUUAUAUG